GUCCUUUUGGUCCACUUUCGUUGACUCAGAUCAUGCUCUGGUCUGCGCGAAAAUCUGUAUGUGUUUUGGAGGAUCCCGAAACACGAAGCACCGCAAGAUUGAUGUAAACAGAUUAACUGAUUCCUCUGUCCAGGAGAGCUAUCAGUCUUCACUGGCAUAUGCACUCAGUUGCAAUCCACCGCGAGAAGUGGAACAACACUGGACUUGUAUACGGAAAGCGCUGACCAUUUCCGGACAGUCAUACUGCGGUCUAACUCGACGCCCUUUGAAGUCUUGGAUCUCUGCUCGUUCUCUGGAGCUCUUCGAACGCCGCAAAGAUAUCUCCGCGGAAUCAGAUUGCAACGAGCGGCGCCGUUCUACCAACCAGCUGCUUAAGCAAAGCCUACGCAAGGAUCGCGAGACAUGGUGGUCUGAGCGGGCUUUAGAGAUGGAGACUGCUGCCCUCUCUGGUAACACUCGCAGGCUUUUCCAACUCAUUCGGUCCACUGGCCUCAGGAAGCCUGGUGUCAGUGAGGUCAUUUGUGAGGUGGAUGAGUCUCCGAUCACCAACCAACAGAGGCGUAUGGACCGCUGGGCCGAGCACUUUCACUCGCAGUUCAACUGGCCUCCACCAUCCAUCAGUACAUGCAGUACGCCUUGCGGUCCACCUUGGCUAGUCCCAUUGAAUCCACCCAGCGAAGCGGAAGUCUGCCUCGAGAUUCGACGCUUGAAGCGCUUCAAGGCUGCCGGCUUAGACGGACUUCCUCCGGAGCUAUUCAAGUACGGCGGUGUGGCAGUCAUUAACCAGCUAACCGCGCUGUUCGCAAAAAUUUGGCACGAAGAGAGAGUGCCUCCCUCUUGGGGCGAAUCAGUUAUUGUCCCAAUUUUCAAGAAAGGCGCUCGCACUUCAUGUGCAAAUCAUCGCGGGAUUAGUCUUAUUUCGGUUGCCUCUAAGCUGUUGGCAUCCAUUCUACUUCGUAGACUAUCCCCAGUACGUGAAUCGUACUACCGUGAAGAACAAGCUGGUUUCCGUCCUGGCCGCGGAUGCGUGGAUCAAAUCUUCACGCUCCGCCAACUCCUUGAACAUCGCCACAUUUAUCACAGGCCCACUAUCGUUGCAUUCCUAGACAUACGUGCCGCUUUUGACUCCGUUGAUCGACCUGCUUUAUGGCGUUGCUUACUAAAGAACGGGGUGCCAGAGAAAUAUAUCGCCAUCUUACGAGCACUUUACCUUCACACAUCCGGCAGAGUGAGGGUCUAUGGCAAGCUUUCCUCGCAAUUCGCUGUCAAUAGUGGUGUGCGACAGGGCUGCCCUAUGUCCCCAUUCCUCUUCAACUUCGCAAUCGAAGACGUUCUGUCGAAUGCCCUAGAAGGUUUCCAACAUUUUGGCCUAGAGCUUCUACCAGGUGAGCGCGCGACCGACUUAGAUUAUGCUGAUGAUAUCGCCUUACUUGGUGACGAUCCUCAGGGUAUGCAACUCAUUCUGGAUCGUUUGGCGGUUGAAGCAUCUAAGUAUGGCAUGAGCUUCGCCCCAUCGAAGUGUAAAGUACUGCUCAAGGAUUGGCUUUCACCUGCACCCGUGCUCACUCUCCAAGGUGCACAACUUGAACAGGUAGAUAGUUUCGUCUACCUUGGGAGCUGUGUUUCCGCUGACGGCACAAUCAACAAAGAAGUUUCGCUUCGUAUCGCUAAAGCUCGAUCAGCAUUUGUCAAUCUGAGGCACUUAUGGCGUCGUCGCGACGUCUCAUUCUCACUAAAGGGCCGAGUUUACAGCGCGUCCGUUCGCUCAGUAUUGUUGUACGGGAGCGAAUCCUGGCCGAUUCGCGUGGAAGACAUGCGUCGUCUUUCUGCGUUCGAUAACGGUUGCUUAAGGAGGAUCGCUCGUGUUCGGUGGCAACAUCGAGUUACCAGUAAUGACGUUCGACGUCGCGUCUUGGGGAAUGCAAGUAUUUCCUUCAACAAACUGGUUUUGUUGCGCCAGUUAAGAUGGCUCGGUCAUGUCCUACGCAUGGCACCAGAGCGUCUACCGCGUCGCGCUCUAUUCGCUCGUCAAGGACCUGGCUGGAAGCGACCGCGUGGUGGUCAGCCUUCCACUUGGCGGCAGCACAUGAAAUCGCUGACGUCGUGUCUAGCCGCUGUUGGACCCGUACGUCUUCCAGGAUGGGGACCCAAAGAUGGCGAGUGCCAAUGGCUUAGGACACUUGAAGACAUGGCCCGCAACCGGAAUCAAUGGAAGAAUUGUGUACAGUGUUGUGUUGAUUCACAU